AUACAGAAAUAUGUAUGUAUAUACAUCAUAUAAACAUACUCCAUCACAAGUUAAAGUCUUCCAUUUAAAAUUGUACUUAAGUCAAAGUCCACAUUUAUAAAGAAAAUUAAGUAUCAAAAGUAAUCAUGCAGAAUGGCACCUGGCAUAGUCUUGUGUUUUAUGCCAUUGGAUUAUUAUCAGUGAUGCAAUAAAUAUGCAGAAUUUUAAUCUUGUAGCUGAUCAAAGUAGUGCAUGGCUCUAUUAUCUAUAAUAUUGUUUUAUGAGAUGAUUAUAUAAAAUCUUCAAAGCAACUAUAUUUGUUAAUUCAAAUUAUUGGAGUAAAUUGUAGAAUUGUUUCCCUCUGAAAUUUAUUGAACUUAUUUGAUCUUCAGCUUUUAAAAACCUUUGUUUUUAAAAAAUGACAUUAAAGCUUUUUCGGUGAGUCAGACUGUUAAUGAUUUGUCAUCAGUCUCUAUUCAGCAUCAGUGAUGCCCCUGCUGUGCAAAUAUCAGUGAGCAAAUAAGAGGCUUCCAAAUUCAAUCAAAAAAGUUCUUAAUCAGGCGGCCAUUAAAGGUCCCUGAUAACAAAUAGAUUUAAGACUACUCUGUCUUUGUCGCGCUGACUCUCGGUGAUCAAGAAAUCAAUACUGGGAGGCAGAUGGCGUUAGGUUGAGCCAUUUAGCAGCAUAAAUUGAUCAUGUCUACAACCCUCGUGAUGCUGUCGUGUGCCUUUGCUAAAAACAUUCCAGCCAAUGAGAGAUAAAAGGUUAGCAAAAUUAAAAAAAAAAAAAAUUGAAAGGUUAUCUGCGUCCUCCCCAAAUUACGAUUAACCAAAUCCAAUACUCAUCUAAUGCGCACGCCAAUUUACAACGCCACGUCUGCGCGCGCGGGGCUCGCUCGCUCGCGGUUUUGUUGUUUUCCUCCACGCGCUACUGGGGGAAAAUAAGCACAAUUGAUGUUUGGAUUAUAAUAACGUGUUAAAUGGCAGACCUGAAUCCUACAAGUGUUUGGCAGUGUGUUUGAAACGACCAACAACUGUAAAACUGUCCCUCAAAGCACGGAUGCGCUCGCGGAAGACAGGCGCUUGUGUGUGUGUGUGUGUGUGUGUGUGUGUGUGUGUGUGUGUGUGUGUGUGUGUGUGUGUGUGUGUGUACUGGCGCUGUAUUAUUCCUCGUGCAUGACUGUCACCGCUGUGAGUUCAUGCUGUAAAUUGCCUGCAACACGGUUACCUUAAGUAAAACCUCAUAAAUUGUCGAGCAAGUAAGAUGAUGAAAAUGUUUAUUGUUGCUUCGUUUUAAAAUAACUUUACCUCACGUGUUGUAGGUUUGUUUGGUCAAAACUAAAAUGAGUGAGAAGUUAUAUUUUGUAAAUUGUCAGGGCUCCUGUUAUUCACAUUAAGUUAAAUGAGUUACUAUUUUUUAUUAUUAUUAUUAUUAUUAUUAUUACUUGUGCGCACUGACUAAGUAUCCCUAACAUUUGCUCCAAUGGUUGUCAAGUUUUUUUUUUUUUAAAUGCAUUUUUUGAGUACAAACUGUUUGACAAGGCUGACUAAAGAGUCCUGAGGGACUCCCAAAGCAAAAUAGGAACUAUUGUGAAUUAUUGUAUCAGUUUGCCUAGUUGUUUUUUACAUUUUAAUUACACUUUUUUCUGAAAUGAGCCAUAAAUGUCCUUAAAGGAAAUCUGAUUAAAUGAUUAAAGGGUCCUUAAUAGCCUACCACCACCCUAUAAAUUCGUAUCACACCAAUCACCUAUGAAUCUGUGUCAGCAGACUUUCUGUUGUCAUGCUGAUUGCGUGCAUCCGUCCCAGGCUAUUUAAAUUGAACCAGAGGUUACAUGGUCAUAUCCAGGAGAGCUCUGUGCUGAAUGGUAUGAAAGUUCUCUAGACAUCCACUCACAAAAAGCUAUUGUGAAUUUGACCACUGAAAUCUGAUUCUUCUUUUUUUUUCCAACCUCAAAGCAAACAACCAUAUCUCCACUACCAGUGGACAUAUUAGUUUGAGGAGGUGGCACUUGGAUUUGAAGCGCAUUAAGUCGGGACAGGUCACUUUUCUCCAGCCUGUAAAAAUCGCAGGUUCGUGAAAUGCCAUCUUCAUUUUCAUGUCAUCUAUGCUGUAACAUCCGAUAGGCAGCCUGAGAGGAUUUCAGCAGACUUGGAAAGACUGGCUGGCAGCUCCCUGAAGAGGUGGUUUUUGGCGAAGCUCGUUUUUUCAUGUUAUUGUGGAUAAUUCCGUGCUUAGUGUUUUUGCUUUUUUUAGGCAGUGAAUGGUUGGCACAGCGAGCCCAGUGGUUUCUCUGAAACAUAUGGGGGUUUGAAGAGGACGGGGGUCUGGGAUCACCAAAGACUGAAACGCAAUCUCCCAUUUUGAGUGACUCAGCGAGCCUGUUACACGACCAGAUAUUUCAGUUUCAGGGUUUCAAGAUGACAAUGGCAUCUAUCAAGUCCAUCCUCGGCGAGGCUGGACAUUGAGACUAUGCGUGGUCACUGAGCCGAACCUUGAAGAUUGAAUGAGCAUGUUUGGCACGGUACCUAUCCGUCUGAAUCCCCACCUCGUAGCAACAGGUUACGCACCUGGCUUCCCUAAAGUGCACUUAUAGCGCGCGACUUUGACUUUACUCUCCUCUCGGUACUGCGAAUUUCAUACAUGUCUCCCACCAUGGUAGAACACAGCGGGCUGGAUAUCAUGUGUCUGAACAAGUACUGUCACAGUUCCUCCUCGUCGUCCAGCUCCGAGCACGACAAGAAGGUUUUUACCAAAUUAAAACUCAAUCUCUCCGGGGACUACCCGAGGAAGAACGCAGAGAUCCUCAGCGGACAGUACGGGACCAAUCUGCUGCUGAUCGGGGCUGCGCUGAUGCUGGCCAUAGCGCACCAUGACUCCUUGGUCAAGGAAGUGCACCUGCUGUCCUUUAUCACCUGCCUCAUGAUCCUCCAGCUGAUCUGGAUGAUGUGGUACAUCCUGGUGCGGGACAGACAGAAGAACACGCGGACCGAGAAAGAUGUCCACGCCACCACAUGCUGGAUAAGAGGUGGUUUGACUCUCCUUGCACUCCUUUCACUGAUUAUGGACGCUUUCCGAAUCGGGUAUUAUGUUGGCUAUCAGUCUUGUGUGUCGGCUGUGCUCGGGGUAUAUCCUGUCAUCCAUGCAACUCACACCAUAGCGCAGGUGCAUUUCCUUUGGUUUCACAUCAAGGAUGUCAUCAAAAGCUUUGAAACAUUUGAGAGAUUCGGUGUAAUCCAUGCAGUCUUUACCAACCUCCUCCUGUGGUGCAACGGUGUGAUGUCAGAGGCCGAGCACUUCUUGAACAAUCAUAUGAGAAGACUCUCUGCCCUGGGCUACGGAAACCUCACCAUAGUGCACUCAGAGCCUCUUUGUAACUGCACCACCAGCACUUGCUCCAUGUUCACCAGCAGCCUCUACUAUCUCUAUCCCUUCAACAUCGAGUACCACAUCUUUGUCUCUGCCAUGCUCUUCGUCAUGUGGAAGAACAUAGGACGGACCAUUGACCUUUCUUCGAACCAGAAAAGGCUGGCUACCAAAACACAGGGCCUGUCUGUGGGCCCUCUUCUGGGUCUACUUGCCCUGGCCAGCACUAUUGGGAUCCUGGUGGUCUACAUCACCCAUGUGGAGUCCCUUCAAACACGUCAGUCAGCCAUUUCCAUGUUCUACAUUUAUGGCAUUGUCAUGCUGGUGUUCAUGUGCUUUGCCGGUGCCUCAGGUCUACUAAUAUACCGAGCAGACCACAUACCACUGGACACCUCCAAGAACCCGUCAAGACAGCUGGACACGGAGCUGCUGUUUGGAUCCUCUACCGGCUCCUGGCUUAUGUCCUGGUGCAGCAUAGUGGCUGUGUUAAGUUCCAACAGCAGCCCUCCUUACCUCUGGACAAACUUCAUCUACUCUCUGCUUAUUGUGUUGGAGAAGUACAUGCAGAACCUCUUCAUCACAGAAUCUCUUUACCGCCAGCAAGUGGAUGGAGAAAGGGAGGACCCAGAAUUACCAUCUGCUCCAGAAAUCUUCUCAGUGAAUUCCUCUUUAGCCCCACCGUACAACGGCAUCAUCAACCGAGCCUAUGAGACUCCAGAAAGGCCCUGUGUCACCAUGGAGAACGAACAGGAAGAGAGCGGUCAGGUGUACAGGUGUCCGAGGAAACCAUCAGAGGUGCCACUCCCUGUGGGAAACAAAGUGAUGGAGCCUCCAAAUAUAAAAAGUAAAAUCCUGAAGAACAUUGCUGUCUUCCUGAUAAUGUGCAACAUUUCGCUAUGGAUCCUUCCCGCUUUUGGCUGCCGGCCACAGUACGACAACGGGUUGGAACAGGAGACAUUUGGCUUCAGCAUAUGGACAACGGUUCUCAAUUUUGCCAUUCCCUUGAACCUUUUCUACCGCAUGCACUCAGUUGCCUCCCUCUUUGAGGUGUUCCGCCGGGUCUGACACAAUAGCAGAUGACUGACAAUGCCAGAUAACAUGCACAAGAACACUUGUCACCACCAGCUCCCAGAAAUAGUCUCAUAGCGCAGGUCAACCGUUCAGGAGGCAGUCUGGGUCACUCUCCAGCAGACUUGACAGCAAGCCGUGGAGACAAACAAAAUGUAGAUCCUUCAGUGUGGGGAUUACAGAGGAAACAAACCUAUUAGCCUGCGUUCCUUGAAGAAUUACCUUGUAUACACAAGGACCUUGAUGAACAAAACAGAACCUUUGGUUUCAAGAAUUUAAAAAGAGCCCUCUGUACUUUUUAUUUUAUAAUCACAUUUCAGUAGGAUGUUCUCACUGGUGCCUCAUGCAAAAUGUAUAUGAUGUAUCUGAUACACACAUUUUGUACCGUUUUAUAUUGGUUACUGCUGGUAUAGACUAGAACUCUCUUGAUUUUCAUAUCUGAAAAUACAAGUCAAGCCACUGAAACACUUGUUAGUCUCAUAUAAUCUAAUAAGGUAAUAGUACUGUAUCUCACAAAGCCACGCGUGUAUUGUACCACUUGACCCACAUUUUAUCUGCAUUUGAAAUGUGCAUACUAUGUAUGGAUAAGGUUCUCAUUUACUUUACUUAGUAGUUAAAAUUGUUUAAUGGAUGUUGUGCAAGAGCUACAAGGAUAGUGACAAUCUUAGAAUAGCACUAAAUUUUGAGUAAUCUUUAUGAGUUGGAUGAUAGUUCUCAGAAGUCAUUUAAGGUUCAUCAGUGUCCUCUUGCUUCCUGAUUCUCAGUUUUGUUCAACUAAAUGGAGAGUUAUGAUAAAAUUAUGUUACUGGGUACCACUGUUUUUGAUUUACUACUACUUAGACUCUGGAAUAUUGAGAAGUACAAGGUCAGAUAGAAAAUUUACUUUUUUCCAUUCUAUAAACUGAUAACAUGUUGAAGUUAUGUAUGCUAUAUGUUAUGAAAAGGCACAUCACAGUAGUUCCAGGAUUACACCGACACGCAACAUGCUGGCAUGAUCACAACUGCUACACCAGACCAGAGAUCGUAUGUUUACACACGAAGAAUCAGCAGUAAAAACCAACCCAGUCUGUGACAUCACUUUUUUCUUCUUGAUAUAAAGCACAGAUAUAGCUACUAUAUAGAUGUACUGUACAAUUUUAUGUCGAAUCAAUUUGUAAUUUUAGUCAGACGUCCAGCAAGUUCUCAACCUGGUGCUAUCUGCUGUAUGUAAUCUCACUAUGUGCCAAGUUGUGGUUAAAUCCUUGUUUUUUAGGUGCAAACUGUAAUAUAACUGUUUAUCCUCUGUAAAUACUGCCAUGCUGAUCAAAAUCAUUCAGAAACUGUGAUACAAUUUUGCGAAAUUCCAAUUUAAUGGUGCUCAUAUGAAAUGAUGUGUACAAUAGUGAUGAAUGUAAUGUAUAUCUUUUGCCUAUUGAAAUAAAGAAUAGUUUUCUUUUUCAU